GCGAUCGAUUCGAUGAGGUUUUACGCGUUCGCUUCGCACCAAGGUUACAUCGUCGUCGAAUGUCUUCGAUUCAUGAACGGGAAAAUUACAUUCUAGAAACAAAACCAUCGAAAAUUGACUUUGAUAAUCGUUAAAAAGGUGCAUGGUGAAAGAAGUGACGAUAAAGCCAAUGGAACAAGCCGUUUGUGCCAUAAAAAUGCGAAUAUAAAACAUCGAUCAAUUUUUUAUUCACCUGUAAAUACAUAGUUGGGAGUUUAUACUUUAUAUCUCGCUUGAUUCUAUACAUCAACCAUUGUACAGUGUUUUUACUUUCCUAUGAGAGAUAAUCAAGGUAAAAAGUAAGCAGUACUACACGCGUAGGGGUAGGAAAUUUGAAACAUGGCACUGCCGGAAACGGGUUUCGUAAUAGCUCCUCAAAUACCACGAGGCUUAGCUCCAGCAGUCGAAGGACUUGCACGGGAAAUUCUGCGUCACCGACCUCAAGAUAUUUAUACAUUCGCGGCGCAUCAUUUCGAACAGUUGGUCAAAUUGAGAGAAAAAGAGCGCAUCGCUGGAAUCAUUUCGAAAACAUCCGACCGGCUAUCGUGCAACGGACAAGAUUGUAUCCUCUGGACCGAUCGCGUCGAUCCUGAUGAUUCAAGGUAUCACGACGAUCGAAAGGUCAUCAAUGUAGUCGAAGAAAUUGCGGAGGAACCAAGAAGAACAGCUGCUACAACGACGAAGCUAUCGAGGAGGAGAAAGGAGGCGACGAACAGAAGCGGUUGGUCUAUUAACGAAACUGUCAAGGUAAUCAAAAGACACGACUGCGAGAAUGAUGCCAGAAAGAAGAAACGUGGGAGCACGCGAAUGCCUGAGAAAGCGAUAAAAAAGGAAGUUCAUAGCAUCCCUGAACAAUGUUCACCACCCUCUUCGAAAAGGAUGACCCGGUGUAGAUUUCUCAGGUCUUCGUCUGCUGGAGAUAUACUUGCAAAAACUAUUACUCUUCAGCAUAGACCGCCAGGUACCAAUACAUCAGAGAAAGAACCCAAAUACGUAGAAAAUUCUGGAAACAAGAACACCUUAAAACGGCAGAAGAGUGCCGAUCAAAUUAAAAGGACCUGCUCGUCUGAAGUUCCAACCGAAAAGAGGCACGCCGCCGAUCCAAGAAGAAGUCAAUCUCUGGUGAACGUUAGGUCGAAAAGAAAUGGAUUCGACGCUGAAGAAUCGUGGCGACGAGUAAUGGGGAAUAGAGAGAAUUCAACAAUCUCUCGAAAUCGGUUAGAGAAGAAGUUAGAGGAGAGGUUUGGAAGUGCUAGCGUUCGAAAUGCAGAAGCUGUCCUUGCGAAGUUGAACCUACGACUGGAGAAGGACGAAAGGGAGUCGAAGGAUAACGACAGAGUCUUCGACGAUGGAAACGCAGCGGAUGAGUCGUUAACGAAUCGAGAAUCCAUGGAGACGUCCGUCAUUCUUCCUUCAGUUGUUAGGAGGCAAUCUUCCUGCAGAUACUCUAGAAGUAGCUCGCGAAACGACGCAUGCGAAUCCGUCGAGCAAAACGACCCUACCAACUUAAUCUUGCCACCCAUUUCUAGCGAUGCGUCAAAGCCCAUCAAGAUAGAGAACGACCUAACGUUACCGUCUUUGGCAAAGGCUACGGAUGCUCAACAGAAUUCGGAUAUUCUAGGUAAUCCUGAAUCUACGAAUUCUGAUCACGAUUCGGUGGACGCAUCGGUCAAGAACGAAUGCGAGAAUGAACAUAACAAAGGUACUAUUAGCUUCGAAGAGGAUGAACCAGAGGAUGAACUAGAUACCAGUGACAGGGAGAUUUUGAAAGUGUUGGAAGUUUCUCAAUCUCCAGACCCACGGGGAGAGGAAAUCGACGAGGUUUUCAAGGAUAGUUUGAACGUUACACCCGAUUCCAUUGAAUUUCCUCAAAGACCUGACUCUUUGGAGCGUCCAGAAGAGAAGUCGUCCACAGUGGUCGAUGCUAAGCGAGAAAGCGAGACAAUAAAGCCAGAGCUCGAUUAUCCGCAAUCGAACGAGCUCAAGAAAAAAUUACUUGAGAUAGAAACCGUGGAAAGGAAUAUCGAAAACACGCUGGUCUCCUCUGGAAGGGGCGUAACACGCCACGACGACUCAACUUCAACUUCACCUGUAGUCAAACUUUCACCGAAUUCAGAGUCAGUGGAGUCGAGCUUUGUACUUGGAAACGAAACGAUUCUCCCUGACUCGAGCAAUGAAAAACAUACAGAGGAAGAAGAGGAACCGGCGAAGAGGGAUUCGCCCAAAGAACAAAGUCGAUUUGUCGACACACGAGGAGGCGAUGAAGGUGUUGAGACUGGUUCAACCUCUCCUGAAUCGAGUCGAAAAAAAUCAGACGCUUCCGAAACUUUAUCCGUCCAUUCCCCCAAGAAUAUCGACCCUUCCUGCUUCAUUCUCACAGAAGGUUCCCCCUGCGAGAUACCAGAAUCGGUAACCACCGUGAUCAUCCCAGACAGACCACCCGAGAACGACGACGAGGUACUCAAGGAAAUGGAUGAUGUUCCUCGUUCGGAGAGAGCAGUUUCGCGUCGUGUACAUCACGAAACGCGACACGAGGAAGAAGAAGCAUUUCAGCACUGUGCGGAUCCCUUUGGGGAGUACAUAUCCCCAGAGUACAACGUCGAUUACUUACGUGACAUCAAAACCGCUGUCGAUCGAGCCAAUAUGCAUCAUGAUCUGGGGAACAUUAAAGAGGAGGAGGAAAAGGAUAUGUCUGAUAAAGAAAUCACUCGAUCUAUUGCAUUACCCGACGAUGUUACUUUUGAGGAAUCGCAUACUUCGGAAGGAAUAGUGGGGACGAGUGGAAGUAAAAACGGGGUGGAAUCGCUGGAGCCUGUUUCCAGCAGUUUGGACCAAAGUAGCGGAGACGUUGAAAGCACGUCACCUGGUGCCACGACUGAUGUGCAGUCAGGACCCUGCGAAGCAAAUCAGCACGAGCUGGAAGAAGCACCUGGACCAUACGUGCCAGAGUUGAACUUGGAUUCCCUUCGAGACGCGACGAUGUCCUCUACGGAGGACAGAAGCGACUCGAGGAACCUUGAAAAUCAAUCGGAGAAGGAAACUGACGACGUCACCCUUCAGGAAGGUGAGAAAACCUUGUCCUCGAGCGAUACUCAAUCCUCAGGCAAGAAAGCGACGUUGGACGAAGACUCGUCGAGAAGGAAAUCGCUUCAGGACAAAGAAUCUUCCAGUGAACUAGAAGCCAAGACAGGAAAUGGAGUCGAAAACUGUUCCAUCGAGCCGGUAGAUAAAUCUGACGAUGCUAUCGUCGAUGAAAAAGAUGGAAAGGACUCUUCUAAUAUCGAAGAUGAGAUUGCGAAGGAGUUGAUACAAAUCUUGACGCUAGAUUCGCCGACAUCUCAGGAGGAAGAGACGGAGAUGGCAGCGAAUGAUUCGUUAAACAAUACAAAGAGAGCAGGUGAUCCAGGAAUUCGCGAAGUAGGAUCCACAGCAGCGACUGAAUCUGUUGUAUCCACGAAUCGCUCUUCAGCAAGCUCUCCUCGAGGAAGGAAAGUCGACGAUGUUCAAGAGGAAAAUGGAGAAAAAGCAAAGAUCGAUACCGAUCUGAUUACAGAACUUGAUCCAUGUGCUCGUGAAAUAACGCCUAUGGUAGCGACUGAAGCUGUUGAGGUAUCUACGAAUCGCUCUUCGACAAGUUCUCCUCAAGAAAAAAUAAGUCAGGGAGAAGAUAAAGAAGUGGAAGACGUUGAUACUAAACUUGCAAUGGAACUUAAUCCAACUGUCUAUGAAGGAGAUGUUAAGGAAGAAAAUGAAGGAGAAAGGGUUGAUACCGAAGGGAAAGUGAAUGUUGAAGACAAUGCUCCUUCGAUGUCCGCAGAGACGAUUGACGAAGUAACAACUGAUAUCAAUGAUAGCUCUCUGGAAAAUCCAGAUCCAUCCGAAAAAAUUGAGUCUAAGGGGGGUGAUCCACACGAUGCCGAAGAGCCAAUCGCUCCAGAUGUACAAACCUUGGAUGCGGCUGCUAGAAGAAUUCAAUACUGGGCACGAAAAUUUGUAGUUGGCCAGGGUCGACUAACGAAGAUCGAUAAACAAAGUCUUCGCGAUUCUUCGAGUUCUUCGACUUCGGAUAACAUCAAAAAAGAAACCCAGGUAUCGGAUGCUUCGGACGAGCACCACCACGAAUCUCCCAGCGGCGAACAGAAAUUUGAGGAACGUGAAAUAUCUGACAAGUCUAAAGAGACGGAAGAUGAAGAACAAUUGAUAAAUGAGAAAGAGACCCAGCAAAUAGAUACAUCGAUGUCUGCUAGCAUGAGGCACACUGGAGAAUUUCACGAUUCUCUACCAUUGCCCCUCUUCGAAGUCUCCAAGAGCAACAUAUCCGCCAAAGAUGUUCGCGCUUUGAAAAGCAUGCCUGUGAAUCCCUGGUUCACGCUCGAGCCCAAUGCGCCGUGUUUCAGUUCGCAAUCUCCACGAGCCAACGUUUUCCUCGCCUUUGACUUUUCGAAUCCCUUUCAGUCGGUCGAGGACAAGGCGGACGGAUCUAAGUACUAUUUAAAUUUCCCACCCUGUUUCGUUCACGUCGAGCAUGCCUUCGACGAAAGCAACGCGAACGACGAUGCAAGCGUUGCUUCUUUGACGGAGAAAAUGGUCGAUUCCAAUAUCGACGACGUCCUCGAACCGCUGGCCAUCGACGAGCCACCCAAGUCCCUCCUUAUAGAAGAAAUUCCCAACGACGAGGAGGAACAACAGCCCACGCCAACGGACUCGUGCAAGAGGAUGGCUUGUACGUCCACUUCGUCUUCUUCCGAAGAGCAACAAACUAAUCGCGACGACGUAUCGGCUGAUCAAACAGUAUCUGUCGACAACGGCCCUAAUCUGCGCGAGAGUUUGUCCUCCGACUCCUCUGUGAUCCAGAGCGACGAAAAUACACGAGACAAAACAGAACCAGGGAAAAUAGAAUCUCCAAACACGAGAGACUAACACGUUUUUUGGGAAAAAUAAAGAACUUGGCUUUUGCUCUGUUUGUCGAUAACAGUGUUUGGGAAAUAUGAUUGUAGCGCUUCUCGGAGCAGUGUUUCGAGUUGUCGAGCUAAAUAAAUAGAUUAGCGUUGCUAGCAUCUGUUUGGCUUCGUUUAACUUCGUUAGAAAAGGAUCCAGGUUUUAUUCGUUUAAUUUCUAACGCGGACCUACUGCUCCAGACAUUCUAAUAACUAUAUUUUUCAAAUACGCAAGGGUAAUGGAGAACGAUAAGAAGACUUAAGACCUGUUGUUUUGGGCGAAACGAGCUUUUAUACUCUGUAAGAAUGAAAGCGCGGCUUAUCCUAGGAAUGCAAAUAUUCUUAUAUAGUGGCAAACGUAAACAUUGGCACAGAGCGAUUCUCAGAAUAAACCGAUAAACACUGAAUCUCGGGAUAAAACUGGUACACGUGAAAAGUCGUUGCAAACAUUUGACUUUUACCAUAAUACAGCUGUAUUAUCUCGCAUUCAGGCAUAAUAAGAAACAAGAUACUUUGGCGUAUUUAGUAAACAAGAUAAUAUAUAAGUAUGCUUCGUACACGGCGUGCUCCUUCGAAUCCACGACUUCCUAAUUUAUCACGGUUUCAUAAUAGUGCCAUAAUAGGAUAGCGAUGUAAGAACUUCUUCAACUCGAUGCUUACCACUUUAACAAAAGCCUUGUUUGAGCAUUGUAAAUAGACAGCCAACGACACAGUCAAUAGAUCGCGGUAGACACGAGAAUCAAAAAGUCUAUGAAUAGACUCUCGGUAGACAAUGCGCGACGACCUAUAGGCGUAUCAAUGCUUACAUCCACUCUGAGUCAUAGAAUUCGCAUAUAUCAUCCCGUUAUCGAGCACGCCAAUGUUUAUUCUCUCCCGCGAUACACGAGCGCGAGAUAAAGCUGCAAUUACGGUAAAAAUGAAAUAUUUAUAAUAAUUUCUUCCACGUCCGCGAUCAGUUUCUUUGUUCCACGAAUCGCUCCCGUGCCAAUGUAUCCGUCCUGUGCGCGUGAAACGGUGCACGUCCUCGAUCGGAAGGUGCGAACCGCGUAGGUGGGCAUAACCGAUCGGAACGACGGAGUCGAACGAAUCGACGCGAUCGUUCCCGUAGAAUCUAGAUACGAAAUUAGACAUGUUAUUUCUGCACAUUCUUGCACACUCGUUUCGGGAGCGUGGCGACGAAAAUGUCAAGAACGGCUCAUCGCCAAGGAGAAUGACGCCUACCGUUCCGCAGCGUACGAAGGAAAAGUUAAAGCAGGAAAAAGAAUCGACCUGCUGCGGGUAUCGCGGAAGAAGAGUCAGGAGCCAGUUGGAGAGCUUAAAAGGAAACGCAUGCGCGAACGCGAGGGGGUUACGUAUUUUCGACGAGUUACGCGAUUGUCGUGCAGUAUCGCACGCGUGUUCGUAGAUAUUCGCAGUACUUCCCACGGAACAGCAUCCUCCGGUUCGCUCUCAGCUCUGCGAUUCGUUCAUUCAUUUCGCGCGAUCGUCAUCUCUGCUCGAGCCGAGCCAUGCGGGACCUUUCGAAAGACGAAGGUACAACCGAAGCUUGCCGUCGCGACGUCCUCGUUUCUUGACAUCGUGAUACAUCAGGGUGAAAGGCUUAGGACUGCCCUCGCGAGGAUGACGUGGUGUUUCGUUCUUGGGGAAUGACGUAGAACCGAGGACACGCACCGUCGAGGGCGAGAAGAGAAACGUGUUUUCUG